GAGUACAUCUCAACCGUCGGGUCAUGGGGAAUCAAGAAGAUUGGAAAACAAUCAGUCUUCGGAUCGCUGCCCCCUGGACAUACAACGUUGGAAACAGAUAUAAUGUCGUUCUCCGUUGAGCGCAAUCUAUGUCAAGAUUGCAAGUAAAAGGAAAUACCUACAUAACCGGAAUCACGUUGCUCGUAUGCCCCCUGUCUGCGGCGAGACACAGUCAGCUUCUUAUGCCAAAUUCCUCAGCAUGUCAGCAUCGGAGAAGCCGAGGAUAUAGAUACAGCAGUAAGCAUUGUCGGAACGCCGUGUUCAAAAGGAUGUAUGAUGCCAGUUUGAAGCUCGUAUAACAGCAAGCGCGAUUGGUAACGAGGUCUUACUGCUUGUUGCACGGGGUAAAGACAGAAGAGCCACCCAAUAAUGUCGAGGAAAAAGCAAGGUCUGCGCAGCUUCCACCACAAAUCUCGAAAUGGCUGUACGCGAUGCAAACGAAGGAAGGUAAAGUGCAACAUGCAAGCUCCCUCGUGCGGCAAUUGCAACCGAAGGAAUGAAACAUGCGAAUACCAGCGCAUCAUAUCCUAUCAUGGCCUAUCUAGGAAAGACCUUUCAAUGCGUCCAGUUGGUCCAGUGUACCACUCAUCUCGCCAAGAGACGAGAAGCUUGACACCAAUAAAAGACUACUGGCCAACAGCGUCUGGUUGUGGCACUGGGUCAUAUGUUCAUCAGCCAUCAACCGAGAGCACCUUUUUCUGGCUUGCAAAAGCCGUACUCGAUCAGUCCUGGUUCACUACAGCAGAAAGCAGCUUGUGGGCAACCGCUCUCAGUACCGAAGCAAAGAGUAGUCCGUACCUUUAUCACUGUAUUUUCAGUCUUACGUCCCUCCAGCCGCGACAACCCGGUCAGCCUGACUCCAGAGACCCUAUCUCAGCCUACAAGCACCAUGUCCAUGCUUCGGAGCUCUUUCGACUUAUUACCCCUGUGACCACGGAACACAACUGGCUUGCUGUCGUCGCUUUCCAAGUCUUUGUGCUCGUGUUUGAGCUUACUGCGCAGACGAAUUGCGCCAAGUCAGAAUUCAACAUCGUCAAUACUUUAGAGGUGUUUCGAUGGAACAGCGUGAUUGGCAGAGACGCUGUGAGACACUUCAAAAAUUCCAAUUUCUGGCAGCUCAUCGUCAAGCGCACCACUGGGAUCGAGGUGCCACCAGACCCAGCUCUACAGGCGAGUCUACAAUCGUUAGGCUGCGCAAUUGCAGAUAUGGCAAUUGAAGUCGACAAUGACUCAAACGAGGAGCAAAGCACAAGGUUCUGUCAAGAAGCUUACAAGGGGCUUUGCGCCUGGGUCGAUUACUGUGCAGCCUGGCCGCGGCGCUUUGAUCACUACUACUACUGGCCACUGACGCUCAAACCCCAAUUCCUUGACGUUCUCGCCAAAGGAAAUGAAACAGCUCUUCUACUCGUCAUGUAUUGGAGCAUUGUAUUGUGGCGGUCACCAAUGCCAGCAGUCUGGAAGUGGGCGCAUCGGGCGGCUCUAUGUACCUUGCAAAGCCUUCAGGGCAAAGCAAAAUGGAACCACCUACUCGCCUGGCCAUUAUACAUACUCGCCACAGCUAUGCCAAGGGACUACGCUGCCGUCAAGGCAGUCUAGAGAACCAGUUCUGUCGAAAAAGGAUAAGACCAGUGGAGCGUCUUGCGGCGUCGUGAUCUAAGAAUAUCCUCUACCAUGAUGUUUUAUGGUCAUGG